AUGGAUCGCCCCUCAAAUGGUAGCUCACAGCAAGAACAGGAAAAAUCGAAACAGUUCCUUUUUUCAGAGACUCAAGGGAUGGAUGUGGUUGAUUUGGUGCACCUGGUCUUUCUGAUUUUUGGCCAGCAUCAGAGCAGCAUAGUUGAUGUCCAGAUCAAAUCAACACACACAGCAGUGGAAGGUGAAGUAGCAACUCUUCUUCCCACAGGCAUUGCACCUAAAAACUCCGGAGUCAUUAGGGGCUUCAUCAAGAAGCGUGAGGUUGUGGUGUGGGUGAAGUGUGGAUCACAUCUGAAUGAGAAGUUGAUCGCAGACACGACAUGUAUCGUCGCUCAUCUUUUAAUUGGAGAGACUCAGGGGAUGCCGGUGAAUGAAAUGAUGAAUCUGGAUCUCUAUCUCUCUCACUCCAAUGAAUCCGCAAGUGCUACUGUGUCCAGAUGA